AUGAAGUACGCUCUCACCCUUGUGGCUCUGGCUGCUGCCGUCGUAGCUGCUCCCGUGGCUGAGACGAACGACUAUGCCGUGAGGUCGAACGACUAUGCUGUCCGGUCUGAGAACGACUACGCUGUGAGGUCUGAGAAUAACGAUUACGCUGUCCGGUCUGAGAACAAUGACUAUGCCGUCCGGUCUGACACCAACGAUUAUGCUGUCCGAUCUGAGAACAAUGACUAUGCUGUCCGAUCUGAGAACAACGACUACGCCGUCCGGUCUGACACCAACGACUACGCCGUGAGGUCCGAGAACAAUGACUACGCCGUCAGAUCCGAUACCAACGACUACGCUGUGAGGUCUGAGAAUAACGAUUACGCUGUCCGGUCUGAUACCAACGACUACGCUGUUCGCUCCGACACCAAUGACUACGCUGUCCGGUCUGAGAACAACGACUACGCUGUCCGCUCCGAGGUCAACUAA